AUGACGCCUAAGCAGCAGCAGCAGCAGCAGCAGCAGCAGCAGCAGCAGCAGCAACAGCAGCAGCAGCAGCAGCAACAGCAGCAGCAGCAACAGCAGCAACAGCAGCAGCACAAGGAGCAGUUGUACUCAAACGGCAAGCAGCUGAACACAGCAGCAGCAGCAGCAGCAGCAGCAGAAGCGGUUGCAGCAGCAGCAGCAGCAGCAGAAGCGGUUGCAGCAGCAGCAGCAACAGCAGACCAGCAGCAACAACAGCCCCCGCAACAGCAGCCCCCGCAACAGCACACCAGCAGCAGCACCACCACCACCAGCAGCAGCACCAGCAGCAGCAGCACCACCACCACCAGCAGCAGCACCAGCAGCAGCACCAACACCAGCACCAGCACCACCACCACCAGCACCACCACCACCAGCAGCACCACCAGCAGCAGCACCAGCACCAGAGCAGGAGCAGCAGCAGCAGCAGGGCUUAUGUAUACCGUGUGA